AUGAUUGAGCGUACAGGCGGACAUUAUAUUGAUUUGGGCGGUACCAAACUAAUAGAAGAAGGCAAGGCUGGUAUCAAAGCUGAUAUUAAGCCUGUUGCGUACACGGCGACAGGGCUGCGGUUCUCGGAUGGCAGCCAUAUUGAUGUGGAUGCCGUCAUAUGGUGUACGGGAUUUGCGGAUAAAAACGCGCGCGAAGCUGCUGCCGAGAUUCUAGGCGGCUCUGCAAGUCAGGCUUCUAGAAGUUCCUAG